AUGGAGAGAUUCUGGUGGCAUUCUAAGUCUUCAUAUGGUAGUGGAAUUCAUUGGAAAAGUUGGGACAAGCUGUGUCUCCAUAAGCAUAAAGGAGGUUUGGGUUUUCGUAACUUGCGGAAUGUUAAUUUGUCUAUGUUAGGCAAACAUGGAUGGCGACUACUGACUAAUUCAUCUUCUCUUGUUGUUCGAGUUUUUCAAGCUAGAUAUUAUCCCCAAGGUACGUUUCUUGAUGCUGAGUUGGGUUCUAAUCCGAGUUAUGCUUGGAGGAGUGUUUUUGAAGCCCAGGAGAUUGUUAAAUUGGGAGCUAGAUGGAGGGUAGGGUCUGGAAUUUCUAUACUUGUUCUUAAUCAGCCCUGGCUUUCUUCCAAGGAUAAUCCUUAUGUGGUUUCUUCUCAUGAGGCUCUUUGUGACUGUAGUGUUUUUAAUCUUCUACAGAUUGAUAAUAUGAGCUGGGAUGAGGAGCUUUUGGAGGACUUGUUUGUUCAAAGAGAUGUGGAGCUUAUUCGUAGUAUACCUCUGCCUUCAACUCUGAAUAUGGACACCUGGUAUUGGGCAUAUGAAGCUUAUGGAGGUUGCUCUAUCAAGAGUGCUUAUCCAGCUUUGCAAGUGCGUAACGAGAGAUGGAAUUUGCAAGAUAAUUCUGGUUUUUGGAAGAAGUUUUGCAUUUGUUCUCUUUGUAAUGGAGAGUUAGAGACCAUAUAUCAUAUUAUGGUUUGGUGUCCCUUCACCAAAGCUUGUAUGGAUCGGGGACUGGGAUUUUCUUUUAGCGAUGGGAAAGACGAAUUCAGUUGCUGGUUUGAGUGUUUCUGCAAUACUCAUCUAGGUGACAGUGUUGAUAAAAUAGCUGUGAUUCUUUGGGAUGUUUGGGGAGCUCGAAAUGACUUUCUUUGGAACAAGAAGAUUGCUUCUGUAGAAAGAGUAGUCUCAGCUGCAAUUACUUACCUUGAACUUUGGAAGUUUGCUCAGAUUAAAAUGGAGUUGUCUCGACAUCUUCUGGUCAGCUCUCGACCUGUAACGAGCUCUGGAUUAAACCCUGCUGCUGUAAAAAGCAGUGGUGAUCUCAAACCUUUUAUGGCUGAAGCAAUGUCUUUGAAGGAGGCUUUGAGUUGGGUUAAAAAUACCUGGGGAGAUGGAGCCUCUUUUGAAGGAUUUGUUCCUAUGCGGUGGUGA